GAUACCAUCGCGCCCCGGCCUCCCCACGUGCUGGAGUCCUUCCUCUACUCUGGAUUAUGAGGAUUUUGUGGAGAUCGUUUGGAUACUCAGGAUUUCUGAAAACAUAUCAUUAUAGAAUAAUUACAUCAAAUUCACAGAUUCCUUUCACUUGGAUAUCACGGGUACAGAGUCUUCAUAAAACACUGGCUUUUUACUUCUCCAGUCAAAGAAACAGAUUCUCUACAAUGCCAGAAAUAGACAUGAACAAAAUUGACCCUGAAUUGUAUUCCCCACCUUCUCAAGUUCGUGGAAUGACAAAACUUGAUAGAACUGCAUUCAAAAAAACAGUUACUAUUCCAGUACUUAAAGUAAGGAAAGAAAUGGUAAAUAAAUUAGUGAGAUCCCUAAAAAAGGUACUGUUACAGCGUCCAGGCAUAAAACGUGUGAUUGAUGAUCCAAAGGAUGAAGGAAAUAAGCUUGUUAUGUUGGAUCCUCAUAAGAUAGUUUCUGAUGAUUCCUUUGAAGAAUCUGAACGUCUUCUUUUAAAAGAGCUUAAUGUUAACCCUCAGAUCUCUUCAUAUAGUUUGGAGUUAGCUUAUGAAAACUUUAAGACAGAAGAAAUCUUGAGAGCCGUGCUUCCUGAAGGUCAAGAUGUAACUUCAGGGUUUAGCCGAAUUGGACAUAUAGCCCAUCUGAACCUUCGAGAUCAUCAGCUACCAUUCAAACAGUUAAUUGGCCAAGUUAUAAUUGACAAAAACCAGGGCAUCACUUCAGUAGUAAACAAGGUCAAUACUAUUGACAGUAUUUAUAGAAAUUUUCAAAUGGAAGUGCUGUCCGGAGAGGAGAACAUGAUAACCAAGGUUCGAGAAAACAACUACACAUAUGAAUUUGAUUUUUCAAAAGUUUAUUGGAAUCCUCGUCUCAGCACAGAACAUAACCGUAUUACAGAACUUCUCAAGCCUGGAGAUGUUUUGUUUGAUGUUUUUGCUGGAGUUGGGCCUUUUGCCAUCCCAGUAGCAAAGAAAGACUGCAUGGUAUUUGCCAAUGAUCUCAAUCCCGAAUCCCAUAAAUGGCUAUUCCACAAUUGUAAACUAAACAAAGUGGACCAAAAAGUAAAAAUCUUUAACCUGGAUGGUAAAGACUUCCUUCAAGGACCAGUAAGAGAAGAGUUAAUGAAGUUGGCGAGACAACCAUCAAAGGAGAGAAAACCAUCGGUGCACAUAGUUAUGAAUUUACCAGCAAUGGCUAUCGAGUUGCUCAGUACUUUCCAUUCUCUUUUAGAUGGACAAUCCAAAAGCAGGGAGCUUCUUCCCAUAGUGCACUGUUACAGUUUUUCCAAAGCUGAUGAUCCCACCAAAGAUGUUCAGCAACGAGCUGAAGCUUUGUUAGGUGCUUCUUUAAAAGGAUGCAGUUCAGUUCACCUUGUAAGAAAUGUGGCUCCUAAUAAGGAAAUGAUAUGCAUCACUUUCCAGGUCCCAGCUUCUGUGCUUUAUGAAAACCAGCCGAUAAACCAAGAGGAGCAAUAUCUUAAACCUGAAAUCCUAGAGGGGCCUCCUUUUAAACGCCAAAGAACAGGUAAAGCCUCAUUGGAAGGACAAUCACAAAAUGGCUCACAAACAUGAUCAGAAAUGUUUUCUACCUCCAUAUCUAUCCUUUGUGGGACUAAAAGCAAUUUGUAAUUCCCUGAAGCUCAUGUAUUAUAUCACUGUGGUAUAGAACUAGGUAGUUUUGCCUUGCCUUUUACAGUUGUUUUAUUGAAGAUUAUCAGAAUGACAUCUUAGUUGCUGAAUUUUAUAUAAAGGUGAUUAAAUUUACUUUCACAAGUUAUUUUGAAGAACUGUUUUCUUUUUCUUUUGGGGAGAGACACUAUGACUACUUUCUUCUCUGUCAUAAACUCUAGGAGUCAUCAUUUUCCCCCAGUGUUCCAAUCAUUUCAAGUCACACUUGUGAGAAUCACAUCCAAUAAUAGGAUUUUCCCUGAUUAUGAAGAUCAAAGCAGUAGCAUCAUGUGGCACAGAAAGGUUAAAGAUUUCUAUAGUUAAAUGGUCCCUAGCUUUAGUAAUUAGUGGGUCAUUAGUGAGCUUGGAAAAAACUGUUUCAGAAGAAUGGUAUAGAUGGAGGAUAUCAAGGGAAGGAGUAUAGAGUAUAGAGAGAACACAGUUAAGUAUAGAGGACUCUAAAAGUUAAUCGAUGAAAGGAAGGAAGUGGAGCUUAGAGCUUGAAGAAAGAUAGGAAUUGGAAUAGCUGCUGUGCAAAAUAUGAUAGAAAGGACUAAAAGCACUGAGGGUCUAGUUGAGAGUAUACAGUAUAAGUAGUAGUGGAUCCAAUCAACAUAGUUUCAUGAUUUCCUCUUUAUUGUUCUUUUGGCUGUUUAGGAAUACAAGCCAAAGAAGCAAAGGGUGUAAAUUACCAAGGGAUGAAGGUUACCAGCACAGGAAUGGUCUAAGGUCAGUGGAACAUGAGCUUUGAAGGUGAGGGCAUUACUGAAAUGGUUGAAAGAAGAGUUAAUUCAAGUGAACAGUAAACGUUAAAUGUCUCCUACAUGCAAGGUACUGUUGAACGGUUAAAGAAGUGAGGCCAGAACCAGAGGAAGGAAUAAAAGAAAGAUCAUCAUAUGUAAGAAACAGAUAUACCUCGAGCAGGGGAAUUAAAGAGAUGGAAGGACAGAAAAUUGUAGUGAAGGAAGAGAAUUUCAGAAUUCAGAAUCUUGAAGAAGAAGUAAUUUAGUAAGGUCUAAGAUUACCUUUGUGAAUGGCUGAAAUACAGUGAAGAUAGAGGUCACAACUGUCAGAAUGGAUUAGAAGAGACACUGAGAUAUAAACUGAAGUUUGAAAGGAUAAUAGAGCCAAGGAGUUGAAAGAGUAUGAACUAGAUGUCAAAGUUGUGGAGGUGAGCAAGCAUCUCAUUUAAAAAAGUUUAUGAAAUUAUACCCCUGAUACUGAUGUUCUUAAUUAAGAGCUUAGCACACAUGAAAAAUGGCAAGAAGCUUUGUAUAUGGACAGAAAACUGGGUUUGGAAAACAGAAAUCCAAGACUUACUUUUAAUUUGUUAUUAAUUAAGUUGUGUGAUCCUGAGCAAGCUUUGUGGCUCAAUUUCCCCAUGGACAUGACAUGAAAUUAUUAAAUGAUACAUGUUAAAUGUGUUCUCCCCACUUUAAGGGUUGUGAAUGUAUGUGAAAGCAUAGGAACAUUGGUUUUAGAAUUAGGAUGACCCUUUGAGAUCAAUUCAGGGACAGGGAACCUGUGGCCUUGAGGCCCCACCUGAGUCCAACCCCCUCAUUUCUACACUGAAGUCCACAGAAGUCGUCAAGUGAUGUAGGUAAGUAGCAAAGCUGGAAAUCUGACCCAGUGCUGGGACUCAAAAGUCCAGUACCCUAUUCACCAUAUAGUGUACUCCACAAAUAUAACAUUUUACAAAUGUUUCUAAAUAUGUUACAUUAGAGUUUGACCAGUUAUACCUGUGAGUAUCUAUUUUAAUGGCAAUUUUACAAGAAAUCCUUCAGUUUUCUUAAGAAAUUGCAGGAAACAUUCAUUGACAUUGAGAAAGGUGGCAUGAAGCAGUGAAAAGAGAAAUAACAAUGGAUUUUCAAUAAGAAAAAUAAUUUGUCUCAGGUCCACUAG